AUGUCCCACCAGGCGCCGCACUACGACACCGCCGCGAUCGGCAAACUGUGGCAGCCGAUCCCUAAGACGUCCUGGGGCAGAGGCAUCGCGAUCGUCGCCGCGGCGUGGCUCGGCGGCGUCGCGUCCGCGAUAGCCCUCGGACGCGCGGCGCUCCCUCCCUCGUCGUCGUCGACGCGCGACGACGCGCCCGCCGCCUCCGCCUCCGCGCCCGCCGCCGCCGCCUCCGCGCCCGCCGCCGCCGCCGCGCCCGCGCCGCGCGCGACGAAAGGCGCGGAGGCGGUGUGGCGCGGGACGUUCGACCCCGGGUCGAACCCGAGGGUGACGCGCCAGAGCGUCGCGCCGGAGCGGUCCUACUACGACACCGUGCGCGGCGGCGAAAACGCGCCGUCGACGCUGUGGCAAGAGACGCUGAGGAGUGAGGAGAUGAACAAGUACAACUUUCACGCGCUCUCGCGGGACGGGAAGACGAUCCAGAAGGAAGACCUGCUUAGAGCCUUCGGACAGGUGGACGUGGACGCGCUCGCGAAGGACGCGGACACGGACGGAGACGGUCGGAUAUCCCACGCGGACUGGCUCAGGAUGAAGUCCAAGCUCGCGGAGGCGUACGAGCGCGCCGGAAAGUGA